CGCGCCCCCUGCUCUGCGCAUGCCUAGGUUCCCGACGACUCCCGGGGCCGCGACGGUCGGGCUUCCCCAGCCGCGGGUCCGGGCCCCGCCCCUCCUCCGGGCUGCAGCGGCGGCGGCGGCGGCGUUGGCGGCGGUGGUGUGGUGGCGGUGGGGGCGGCGGGCUGCCGUGGAGCCCGCCGAGUCCUAGCGCCUGACCCUGCGCGUCGCUGCGGCGGGCCGGACGGACCGUCUCGCCGCAGGAUUAAUUUAUUUUUGGAAAUCAAGUGCAAUAUUAAAGGGAAAGCAAACCACACUCCAUUAUUGGAAGCCAUUUCUGCUAAUUUUAUUACAUUUUAAAAUUUAUGAUUUGAUUUGAAUACUAUCAUGGGAGGAGCUGUGAGUGCUGGGGAAGAUAAUGAUGACUUAAUUGAUAACUUAAAAGAAGCUCAGUAUAUCCGCACUGAAAGAGUGGAGCAAGCCUUCAGAGCGAUUGAUCGCGGAGAUUACUAUUUGGAAGGCUACCGAGACAAUGCGUACAAAGACUUAGCCUGGAAGCAUGGCAACAUACACUUGUCAGCACCUUGCAUUUAUUCUGAAGUUAUGGAAGCGUUGAAACUUCAACCAGGAUUGUCUUUUCUUAACCUGGGAAGUGGAACCGGAUAUUUAAGUACAAUGGUGGGCUUAAUUUUAGGUCCUUUUGGAAUAAAUCAUGGGAUUGAGCUUCAUUCAGAUGUGGUGGAAUAUGCCAAGGAAAAACUGGAGAGCUUCAUCAAAAAUAGUGACAGCUUUGACAAAUUUGAGUUCUGUGAACCCGCAUUUGUGGUUGGUAAUUGCCUCCAGAUAGCGUCUGACAGUCAUCAGUAUGACCGCAUUUAUUGUGGGGCUGGUGUCCAGAAGGACCAUGAAAACUACAUGAAAAUCUUACUGAAAGUUGGAGGCAUUCUGGUCAUGCCUAUAGAAGAUCAGUUAACACAAAUUAUGCGAACUGGACAAAACACUUGGGAAAGUAAAAAUAUCCUUGCUGUUUCAUUUGCUCCACUUGUACAACCAAGUAAGAAUGAUAAUGGCAAACCAGAUUCUGUAGGACUCCCUCCCUGUGCUGUCCGGAAUCUCCAAGACUUGGCUCGCAUUUAUAUCCGACGUACACUUCGAAAUUUCAUAAAUGAUGAGAUACAGGCCAAGGGGAUUCCUCAGAGGGCUCCACCCAAAAGGAAAAGAAAGAGGGUUAAACAGAGAAUCAAUACUUACGUAUUUGUGGGUAAUCAGCUUAUCCCUCAGCCUCUAGACAGUGAGGAGGAUGAGAAAAUGGAGGAGAAUAACAAAGAAGAGGACGAGAAAGAUCACAGCGAUGCCAUGAAGCCAGAGGAACCACCUCAGAAUUUACUGAGAGAAAAAAUCAUGAAACUCCCUCUCCCUGAAUCUUUAAAGGCUUACUUGACAUAUUUUAGAGAAAAAUAACUUAGAUCAAGAAGAAAGAAUGCCUACUGAUAAUUCCUUUAGUCUUGAAAAUGUAGCAUUUGUUAGGAGUUAAAAGAGAGCGAAUUCUUUCAACAGAGCGAACUAUAGUGGAAAAGGUAUAACUUGUUUCUGUCUUAGUAAUAAAAAUGAUGUAUUCAGUAAUUAAAAAGAAUCCCUUUUUAUAAAAUAUAUUUUUCUUUAAAUCUUGGAAAAAAGGCUGUUUUAACUCAGAGUGACUUCAAGAGUGGAAUACAACAAUACUCAAGAUUUGUAUACCGUAAAUCCUUUUCUGAUUCCUGACAGAUUUGUAGUGCUGAGGCUUACAUUUCAUUUCAUAGAAGGUUACAUAAUUGUUAAGCAUAUACUGGUUUUUGAACAGCAGUUGUUUUCCUUUCCUCUAUGAAAACCUUCUGAGCGAAUUAGGAAAUAAAACGCUGUGUAGACCCACUCACCUUACUUUGGUUGCAGUCACUAUUGUUGAGUUGCUGUAGUAUCCCGGGCAAUCUAUGAGUGCAAUAACAAUACAGAUGUUGAAUAAUUUAGCUUUAAAAAAAAGUUUCGUGGAGUUCAGUGGCACUGCUACUUUUGCUUUUGAAUCUAUUGCCAAAAGACAUGGGAAAAUAUCUGCUUCUCUCCUAGAGAUUUUAAGAGCACAUCAAGUGAAUAUUAAAUAAAAAGUAUAUACUCAAUACAGUUCUUGAUUUGUAUGGACCCUUUACAUUUUCAGUAUUUAAAAACAAUGAGGUUAUCCUACUCUCUGGAGUUUUAGAAGAUAGUAUGUGUAGGAUGGGUUUUUCUCUUGUCCACUGUAUAAAGUGUUUGGUUUUAAAAAAAAUCCACUGUUGUGUAUGACUGUCGAUACGACAGACAGGUAGGGAGUAAGCUUUGAGUAACGGCCCCUUUCUUGGGUUGCUCUCAGAAGCAGGUGCACUUUAGCAAAUGGAACUUCUGGUUCAUUUGAAGCUUUGUCUUUGACAAGGUAGGACUGAGCUAGCCUCAGAAAGAAACUCAUCUUUGUCGUGUAGGAGAUGUUCACAGGAAUUGUUGUAGAUGCCUCUUGUUUUGAAAAUCCAAUUCAGAAUCAUAGUGUAAUCUUUGGGACCUAUGUUGUGCUCAUUUAACUUUCUCACGGUGUGUGGGUUGUUUGUUGUUGUUGUUGUUUUUUGUGAAGUUCUAAUGAUCACUUUUUUCUUAAUAGCACACACUUAAACUAUCCAUCAUUUGAAUAUUAAUUAUAGCUUAUCAGCGAUACAACAGUAAAUGCCAUUUUUGAUUUGUUCCUUUUUUUCCCACUAGGGCCUGAAAAUAGUCAUUCCUUGUUAAGAAAGUACACAAUGGAACAUACUUACUACUUCAUGUAACAUGGAUUAUGUAUUUUUUAAAAGGAAAAAUUUGAGUGUUAUCUCUUAUUACCACCAGCAUCCCUGUUCCCCGUAGUUGAUCAACUAUGUUUAAGGAAACCCAACUGAUACAUAGUAAAAGGAUUGUUAUUAUCUCUUUUCAAAGAUUCAACUAUUAGUAAUACAUAGUUGGUUUAAAAAAUCUCAGCUCUGGUAAUUCUACACAUUUAAAAAUGAGCAUUUGAAAUAUUCUAAGUAUGAAUUAUCUCAAGUAAAUGAGGGUAUUUUAGUAAUGGGAAAGAUAAUUUCAUGGAAGGUGUUUGUUUUAUACCAGUGACUAUAGGGCUAGGUGAUAGGGGUUGGGGGGGUUGGGUGUUAUCUCCACAAUUUUUUUCUUUUUUUAGAUGAUUGCUAAGCUGUUACUGUUAAGAAAUGUCCCAUCUCUUUUCUAUCAAGGAAAAAAAAUAGUUGAUACAAUUGUCAUCUGUUAGGAAUGGUCACUUUAUUUUAAAUUAAAUGUUAGUUUUAGAAGUUUAGUAUUGUUCCUGGUGCCCACCUGUAUUUAUCCAGCACCCCCCCCCCCCCCCCCCCCCCCCCGGCCGCCCUCUCCAUACUCACUCUGUCGGUUUUGGAGCUCGUGUCCAGAUAGUAAACAUACAUAUUCUUAAAUGAUGAUUUUACUAUUCAGAAGAGAGUUUUUGUUAAGGAUAUAUUUGAAGAUUGACUUGCUCACAUGGUCUUUUACUCUGUGGACCUUGGCAAAGUAUACAGUAGGUUUUCGUUGCCAUUACAUAUUUUUGUCAUUGAAAUGUAUCUUUUGUGUUUUUAAAUGCAUCCAUUUUACAGUUGUGACUUUAUUAUUGACUUUAAAUAAAGAAGUAGAAAUAAAUGAAAAUUAAAGUGAAAGCCCUUUUAUUAAUGGGAAUAUAUUAGAAUGAUCAAGAAUAUUUUGGGUUCGUGUUUAUUUUUUAAUGAAUUCAUGGUUACUUGAGUGUGAAUAAUUACGCUUUAUAGGUGGAAAAAGCAGCAAAGAAAGGUAAAAUUAAAUGAAGAUGAGGAGGACUAUAGUCAUGGGAUUCUAAGAGCCAGAUAAAACAGUGGAAAUAAUCUAGUCUUUUCUUUUGUAGAGAGGAGGGCUAGGGAGAUAGCACGAGUCUCCGAAGUCAGACAGCUAGAUGGAGAGGACUUUAAAUAGCAUUCAGCACCUGAUAAACCUCAAGACAUAACGACCAAGAAGACAGUUUAAGUCUACACUUCUUACUAGUUGAUACAUUUGGUUCUAGUCCUAAUAAACAAAAAUGUCAUUAAAACAGCAUGCGUCACGUUUAAAACACCAAAAAGGUUAAGUAUUGGUUUCCAGCUGUUUGAGAGGACAAAAGUGAAGCAAAGCCUGUUCAAUCAUGGGAAGACUCGGAACGUUAUUUUAAAUAAGCAGUUGCAUGUAAUUCAGUUUUGUUCUCUGGUAGCCUGGCAUUUUCUUCCUAAUUUAGGAAAUCUCUAUACCAAUGGAUAUAUGCUUGAAUUAUUGUAUACGGUUCAUUGUCUGUAUUUGAACAUCUCAUUUCCUUUGGAGUGUUGCCACCUUUGAAGACAGUGUAGGCUUUUUUUUUUAAUUUUAUAAAGUAUUAGGUAUAUAUGAAGGAUAUUUAGAAGAUAUAUGCAAAACACAAGGAAUAAUAAUUCAGCGUACAUGUAAGUACACGGGUGUACCUACUACUGGGUUUGACUACUGGCAUCACCGUGACCUGGGUGCCCUUCACAGUGUCCUCUUUAUUCCCCUGGGGGGUAUUCCUUUUGUGUCAGUCCCGACCUUGCUCUUUGCUAUAGCGUUACCACAUAUGUUCGUGUCUCUGAACAGUGUAUCACUUGGCCUCAUACAUACUGAACUUCACAAGUGGAGCUCUACUCUUGUUCUGCAGGUGACUGUCUCGGUCCACACUGCCUUUCUGAGAUCGAUCCAUUUUGUAUGCAGCUGAGUCAGCACCCGCAAACUCAGUCUAUCUGCUCAUUCUGCUGUCCAUGGACAUUCGUUGUCACGUCAGCUGGUUUGGUCGGCAGCAUUCUUCAGCAUGUCUUGCGACCAUACGCGUGCAGGAGCCUUCACACAGUGCACACCUGGGAGUAGAAUUGCUGGAUCAUAGAGCAUGUUUACAUUCACCUUCACUAGAUGGUGCAACAUAGCCGAACAGCGUGUGCCUUCCUGCCACGUUCUCAUGUUCCAGCUCUUCCGUGACCUCACCUGCGUCUGAUGGCGAUCUGUGCGUGUUGAGCAGUGUGAAGUGUUACAGAGGCUUUGUUACUGGUUAUGGAGGUUUUGUACCUUUCCGAGUGUUUCUUGGUCUUAGGUUUCCUUUCUGUAAAGCUUCUAUUCAAGUCUUUUGGAAAUGAUUUCAAGAAAUUGGCUUUCAGGGUUCCUUAUGUCUUCUGGCUGUUAACCCAUUGUCAGUUACGUGUAUUGCAAAUCUCUUUUGUCAGGUUGUGGUUUCUGUUGUCAUUCUGUUUGUGGUGUCUUUAGUGAAUUAAAAUUUUCAAUUAAAAAAA